AUGAUGCUUCACAAACAUAUCAAGGUUUUGUUAAUUAAUUAAUCAAGCAAUCAAUCAAUCAAGACUAACUUUUUUUUUUUUUUUUGGAAAAUAGGUAAUGGAAAUCAAGAACAAAAAAAUUGCACCCAAGUCAGCCAAUGAUAUCAAACUUAUAAGUGCUGGGAAAAUCUUGGAGAACAACAAGACAGUUGGUCAGUGCACUGUACCAUCUGGUGAGCUACCAAAUGGGGUAAUCACCAUGCAUGUUGUGGUGCAGCCAACUUUAGUGAAAGCAAAAACAGGCAAGGGAGAGUGGACAAGCGAAAAGACACAGACAAAAGGCAAUGUAGUAGUCAGUGGCGCCGCCUAGGCCUUGGAUUUGUCAAAGGAAUAGUGUGCGUGGUCCCUGCCCAUUUUCCAUCCUAGGCGGCAUUUCCUUUCUAGUUUUAGGAGCAGAGGCGGAAGACACACUCUGUAAUGAUGUACGUCCAACCAGAAUGAUAUAAAAGUUCAGUGUUUUC